UGUGAUAACAAACUACGUUUUACUUAAAAUUAGUUUAGAUAAUUCGUAGUGAUAUUGGAAAUUAAAUGUUAUUACAAUGAAGGUUAUUCAUGAUCGAUAAAUAUAAUUGUAUCGAUAAGUUGCUUGUUGCAUAAGAUUUGUGUAUUUAUAAAGAAAUGUUUGCAAUGACAAUAAACAUUCUUUAAAAAUAAAAGGACUGUUAAAUUUUUCAAACGUAAUAAAUUAACGAGAAAAAUGAUUUUUUCUAUAUUUAAUUUUGUCUUGAUAUCACGAUCUGUGUUAUUAAUAUCUGCUGGUAAUUAUAGUUAUAGGAAUGCCGAUGACUGGAAAAAUGAAUUUCCCGAAUGUGGUGGUUCGGAGCAAUCACCUCUUGAUGUUGGGGAAAAUUAUGAUAUUGAGGACAAACUUAGUAAUUCAAUCAACGAAAUAUAUUUCGAAAAUUAUGACACUUUACCUGAAAGAAUGAUUUUGAAAAACGAUGGCCAUACACUGAAAGUAAUUUACGAAUGGGCUGGUGGUGAAGAGAAGAUACCUAAAGUUCAUGGUAAUGCACUCGAUAGUUAUUUUAUUUUGCAUUCCAUACAAUUUCGUUGGGGUUCCAAUCUCAAAUCUGGAAGCGAACAUCAUCUUAGAGACAAGAGUUUUCCAAUGGAAGUCCAACUCGUUCAUAUCGACUUUGAAUUUGAUAGCAUUGAGGACGCCCUGGAAUAUGAAAGAGGAAUAAUGAUCCAUUCUUCAUUUUUUAAAAUAGGUUCGGAGGAACACGAAUUCCUGACAAAAAUCACCGAAAAAAUUCCUGAAGUUAUAGAGCCAGGAACCGAGACUGAAAUUGAACCAUUUUCAGUAAGAAUUCUUUAUCAAUCAUCUGAUGCUAAGAAUUUUUUAAUUUACCACGGAUCAUUGACACAUCCGCCAUGUACCGAAUCUGUCAUAUGGAUGAUAUCUGACAAAAUAUUUCCCGCUACUGAGGAACAACUACACCUGUUCCAUACAUUAAAACUUUUGAAUGACGACGAUCACAAUAAUCGACCGCUUCAACAACGUAAUAAUCGCAGAACUCGACUCACUGUUCAAGGUUCCGAUUAAUGGAACAAUAAAUAGUACACGGAAAAUAUUAAACAGCAAAAAUGACCAUCUAUCAAUUAUUGGAGAGUUUUUUUUUUUUUAACAUGAUAGGAAUGAAUAUUAUUUCUUAGUAAAUAAAUGACCCGAAAUAAAGUAUCUAACAGCAGCAUAAUAAAAUUUACAAUUCCCGUACUUAAAAAU